AUGCCUCCACGCAGGUUUAACGACAUUCCUUUUCCCUCAUUUUCACUUGUGUUAAGCCAGUAUUUGACGAGCGAGAUGAGGUUGCCCAGCUACAGGACUUCCUAUUUGCUUCGCUUCCACCCUUACCCGAGAGUAAAGUUGAGCCAGCGUGAGAUGAUGCAAACUAUAGAUGAUCGUCUCAGCAGCGAGUACGACGUUGUUGAAGACGACGACAACGCUGGACCAGCGAUUCUCAUUUUCCUUGACCUCCCUGAGGAGCAGCAUCCCAAUGCCGUGAAUCUGCAGGAAGCCAUCAAAGAUGCCGAGGUAGGCGCUCAACCUCGCGUCAGGCGUCUGAGCUUGACGACUCUGAUCAUUGACCUUGCAAUCUUAGUAGUGAGGAAGCUACCUUUGAAAACCACACGAUAUUGA